UUUUUUCAGACCUUUUCAGUAAAAGUUGAUUAUUAAUAUUUCAAAAAUAUUAAAUAUUUCUCCAUAGUGAAAUCCUGGAGCAUUUUUGGCUUAAUAAAUUGGUAAAAAAAAUUGAUUUACUACUAGAAAUUAUGGACACAAAUUAAGUUUAAUUCGAAAUGAUGCUUAAAAACGAAAAAACUAAGCUUCACAUGAAUUAGCACUGAAACGUACGAAAAUAUUUAAGUAUUAGCAGUAGCAUGGAUUAAUUCAAGACUGCUGCAAGUAGUUGCAGCACUUCACAACCACCUAUCAUGGCUUGCAUUUUGUGUUUCAAGCUCCUUUUAUUUAAUGAAGUUGAAGCUCCAAGCCUUUUAUAUAAACCCAUCUCAAUUCAUUAAUAUUCCAAUAGGAAAGACUUGUAGCUUGCUGAAUUUAAUAUAUUAAAUUCUUGGAACUAUGCCAAUGGCUGCUAAUUCCAUUACCCAGAUGGUGAUUUUUCUUUCAGCAGCAGCUGCAAGUGUUUUUCUGCAAGCUGAGGCUCGAGCCUUCUUCGUUUUUGGUGAUUCACUUGUUGAUAGUGGCAACAAUAAUUAUCUCGCAACGACUGCUCGUGCAGAUUCUCCUCCUUAUGGAAUUGAUUACCCAAAUCAUCGUCCCACAGGCCGUUUCUCUAAUGGCCUUAACAUUCCAGACAUUAUCAGUGAACGGAUUGGAGCAGAACCUGUAUUGCCAUGCCUGAGUCCAGAACUAACUGGACAAAGGUUGCUUAAUGGUGCCAAUUUUGCUUCUGCUGGGAUUGGAAUCCUCAACGACACUGGAGUUCAAUUUCUGAAUGUUAUCAGAAUGUACAGACAACUUGAGCUCUUUCAACAAUACAAGCAACUGGUUCGUGCUCUUAUUGGAGGUGAUCGGACUAAGCGACUUGUAAAUGAAGCAUUAAUCCUGAUCACCGUCGGAGGCAAUGACUUUGUAAACAACUAUUACUUGGUUCCCAAUUCUGCUAGGUCUAGCCAAUUUGCUUUGCCAGAUUAUGUCAAGUAUCUCAUUUCAGAGUACAGAAAAUUGUUAAUGAAGCUGUAUAAAUUGGGAGCAAGAAGAGUUCUGGUGACAGGUACUGGACCACUGGGCUGUGUUCCAGCAGAAUUAGCCAUGCGGAGCACAAAUGGUGGUUGCUCUGCCGAACUUCAGCGAGCUGCUUCAUUGUACAACCCUCAACUCGUUAAGAUGCUGACGGGACUCAACAAAAGAAUUGGAAAAAAUGUGUUCAUUGGUGCAAAUACACAUAGAAUGCACAUGAAUUUCAUUAGUAAUCCCCACGCACAUGGAUUCACUACAUCAAAGGUUGCCUGUUGUGGACAAGGUCCGUACAAUGGUCUUGGACUAUGCACAGCAGCAUCAAACUUGUGUGGAAACCGAAAUCUGUAUGCAUUCUGGGAUGCAUUCCAUCCAUCUGAGAAGGCAAAUAGGCUGAUUGUUGAAGAGAUGUUCUCUGGCUCUACAAAUUACAUGGUCCCUAUGAAUCUUAGCACAGUUAUGGCGUUGGAUGCCAGGACUUGAUUCCAUUCUCUUCAUUAACUACUUGGUUUUAGUAUCAAUAAUGUGCAACGUUCAUUGUCAUCAGCACAUGAUAGGAAUAGUAAUUGACUGUAAUUCCCUUUUGAUUGUUUCUGUUUCCUAAUUGGAAAGAACCAGCAAUUCAUGUUGUUGGCUUUCAAGUUUUGUGUAUUUUCAUAAAACCAUCUAGCCUUUUCUCCAACCCAAAACCCAAUAUGACUGGCUUGAAUUAUUCAUGUCUCUAUUUUUAUUAUUAUGCAUGUUGCUCUGGCAAGUCCAAGUGUUUUUUGCUCCUGUUAUGAGAGGAAGCAUCUUUGAGUGCUUCUCUUCCCUUCAGCAAUGGGGCAGGGAGCGGUGGAAGUAAUUCUUGAACCUGUGCAGUUCCUUCCAACUGCAACAAAUUUAUGCUGGUCACGGCAUCGUAAUAAAUUGAAUCAAUCUGAGAAAUCCAAAGGGGACACAGAAGUUCCA